GCCGGUGGUGGCUCUCCAGAGUGCUGGGGACGUGUCUGGGGCUGGGCCCUUGUUUGAGGCAUUACCGGGAGUCUCGGUAUCACUUGGGAAGGCUGUGUUUCUCCAGAGACCUUUGUCAGGCAACAGGCUCAGUAACAUUCAAUAUUUUUUGUAAUGAGUUUCCAUGUGGUAUUUUUCAGCUCCACACAGUGACAGACUUCCACAGGGCAAUGAAGGACACGUUUUACUUAGACUUAAGCAUUUGGAAGUAAAUUGUAUCUCAUUGCCAUGUCCUUUCUUUGCAGUUUAUCAGGUCUUUGAAAAUGUGGCCAAGAAAUACGAUGUAAUGAAUGAUUCAAUGACUCUAGGAAUUCAUCGGGUGUGGAAAGAUAUCUUCGUGCAUAAAAUGAACCCUUGCCCAGGAACAGUCCUCCUUGAUGUUGCUGGGGGAACAGGUGACAUCGCCUUUCGAUUCAUUAAUUAUGUUCGCUCUGUACGAAAACGCCAGCUCCAGAGGAAGCUCAAGCACCAUCAGAAUUUGUCAUGGCAGGAAAUUUUUGAGAGUUACCAGAAAGAUGAAUUUAACUCACUAGGGGAUUCCCAAGUGGUGGUCUGUGACAUCAACAGAGAAAUGUUAAAAGUUGGGAAGCAGAAAGCACAGCAUCUUGGCUACUCUGAAGGCUUGUCUUGGGUACUUGGCAAUGCUGAAGAGUUGCCCUUUGAUGAUGAUAAGUUUGAUGUUUACACAAUUGCCUUUGGAAUCCGAAAUGUAACUCGUAUUGAUUUGGCACUUCAAGAGGCCUAUCGUGUGCUGAAGCCAGGAGGAAGAUUUCUUUGCCUUGAAUUUAGUCACGUCAGCAACCCUCUUCUUUCCAGGCUCUAUGAUCUCUACAGUUUCCAGGUUAUCCCUGUUCUGGGUGAGGUUAUUGCUGGUGACUGGAGGUCUUACCAAUAUCUUGUGGAGAGCAUCCGACAGUUCCCCCCUCAGGAGGAGCUGAAGGCAAUGAUAGAAGAUGCAGGCUUUUUCAAAGUGGAUUAUGAGAAUUUAAACUUUGGCAUUGUUGCCAUUCACUCAGGUUUCAAACUGUGAGUCUGCGUAGCAAAACACCAAAAGUGUAAUUUUCAUGAGGGAUAUGAAAGCUGUGGAAUUUUCACGGUAUCAAGAGGAGUUCUAAGAACUGGUGGAGCAGAUACUUGCUCAGCAGCCAGACUCAGAAGAAUACAAGUUGCCUCUCCCCACCAAGAAACCUGUGGAGUCACCUCAGUGGUGUUUCUUACACUUGCAUUUCCCUUCAAGUGUAAAGGAUAUGACCAAAACUGAGCAAUGCUAACUAGUGAAGCAAGUUGGCAGUGGGUGUGGAUAAUAAUAGACUGAUUAAUCUCCAAAUAAGAUGCCUUUUUACUAAGCUUUAAAGAGGAUAUUAUACUUGUGAGAAGUAACGUGGAUUUAUGAAGUAACUGUGGACUUUUAUGAAGGUGUUACUAUCUUUGUCAGGUGAAGUUUAAAGAUUUUUUCCCAUGACUCCUUUACUUCUUUCAAAGGCAUGGAAAGCUUAUGAAAUAAAAGGGCUCUGCUGCAACUUUUUUCCACUUAAA